AUCCGCACACUGAAUCACGAAUCUCUCGAGCCGCAGUCCAGUCCAUCCGGCUGCAGGCUCUCUGCUGAUUCUGAGUACGUUGGCGUUCCAGGCGAUAGCUAGCUUAGCUUGGCUUGGCACAGUCGAUCGUCUCCGAUGGCGGCGGACAUGCAGAUUGUCCUGGCCGCGGGGAGGAAGAUCGAGGCGCAGUAUGUGGAGAUGAAGGUGCCGCUCUACUCCUACGGCUGCGAGAAGAAGAUCAAGAAGGCACUGUCACAUCUCAAAGGUAUACAUUCGGUUCAGGCAGACUACCACGAGCAGAAGGUGACCGUGUGGGGGAUCUGCGACCGCGACGACGUGCUCGCUGCCGUCCGGAAGAAGCGCCGAGCCGCGCGGUUCUGGGAUGAUGAUGGCGGCGAACUGGGUCCACGCGAGCGUGCGCCGACGCCCGGCCGAGAAGCUCCCAAGCAGUACCUGGCAGCCUUCGCCGCGUACAGGUGGAGGAAGUCGUGGAAGAAGCUUUUCCCGCUGAUCCGCCUCUGAAGCUCACCGUGUGUGCUUAAGCUUAUUGGCUUCUAGCUUCUCCACAAGUGAGCAGUGUGUGUGCCUGCGUCUUGACGACGUCUCAGGAACCGGAAAAAGGGGUUGGAACAUGGAACUUAAGUUCUAACAGUAGCCCGUGCUUCUUGGUAGCAAAUAAACAUGCUUCGUUACCGAAGCCUUUUGG